AUGAGUUCAGAACGUUCAAUUUCACCUGAUCCAUUACCCAGGUCUCAUUCUCAUUCGAGUGUUAUUCUUAUCGAUGACAAGGAAAGUAAUGGUCGUGCUGUUCGUCAAUCAUCAUCAUCAGCACAAAAACGUCGACGAGAUAGUCCAAAUCGUAGUCGUACGCCGCCAUCACCUCGUUCACCUGUAUCACGAUCACGUAGUCGAAGUUCAAUUGGAGGUUCAAGAUCACCUGGCGUUCGUAAAGAAAAUAAUCGACGUUCAUCACCAUCUCCACCUCCUCCAUCAAGUUCAUCAUCAAAACGACGUCGUCAUAAAGACGGUGGUGAUUCUGGUCGACAUAUAUGUGCGAUCUGUUCAUUUGAUGUUGAAGAAGCUAAACGUUUAUAUGGUUUACUUGAUAAUUGCGAUCAUGUCUUUUGUUAUGAAUGUAUCGUUUCAUGGAAACGUUCAAGAUAUAGCAAUGCUGAAUCAGAAAGUUGUCCGGUUUGUAAAGUUCGUUCAGCAUUCAUAACACCAAGUAAACAAUGGUUUGAUAAUAAAGAUGACAAAAGUCGUAUUGUCAGAAAACAUAAAAAUCAUUUAAAGACACUUCCUUGUCGAUAUUAUCUUCGUCAUGGUUUUUGUCGUUAUUCGGAUCGUUGUUUCUAUGAUCAUCAUGAAGCAGCUAAACAAUAUCGACAACAAAAUCAACAUUCAAGAGAUCGUGAUCGUAGUGACCGUGGUGAUCGUGGCGAUCGUGGUGAUCGUGGUGAUCGUGGUGAUCGCGGUGAUCGUGGUGAUCGUGAACGUGAUCGUCAUCAUGGUUCUCAUAAUGGUGGUCGUUCACAUCAUCAUUCACCAUCACCACCACCACCAUCAUCAGGUCGACACUCAUCAUCACGUUAUCGUGAACGUGCCUAUUAG